GUGAAACAAAAGCCGCUUUCUCAAUCUCGGAAUUUUGGUCUGCUGUCCAUUGAGUUACCGAUCAGCAAACGACACUUCCAAACUCUCCUUACACUACAAGCGUCGUUAACUUAGUAUGUCCAGAUAAGAGCACAACGAACGUAGUAACUGCUUCUGGAUAUAUCGAUUAGCCAUGCGGUACGUGUUGGCCGCGAUCUUGUUUUUACAUUUGUGUGCUCUAUACUCGCCAUGGAAGAUCCCAAUCGAACACGCGCGUGUAGUGAUCUCCAGUAUUUAACCAUCGUUUGUCAUCUUGCAGGUUUUUAGUCCAAUUUGCCGCUGUUUUUGUUGUAAUUUGUGGAUUCUAUCUGGUGAAUCCUCCUCUCGCGGAUGCUGCGGUAUGUUUGUUCAAUUUUACUGUUAUUCCUUAGCUCUAAGCCACUCCAUCGAAUUUUCCACCUCUUCACUAACACUGAUCUUGUAGAUAAUUUAAAACCGUAUGUGCUCGGAUUCGCAUGCCGCUCUUGUAACUCAUAGCGUAUAAUAUUUUUUCAGUUAGGCAGUAAAAAAUAAACCUAACAAGGCGUAUCUCUAUGUACAUCUAGCAUCCUCUAAAACUAUUUGGUCCAUUAUAAAAGUCCGUUUCGCUUAUAAUCAGUGUUCAAGUAAACAUACUGCUCGAAAAUUGGGGAAUCCGACUCUGACCUCGCGUUUAUUCCUCAAAGACUUAACUAGCUAUGUUGCCAUUUUGUUUGUAAGACCUCGGGCAGCUAUGUAGUCUUGAUUGUUUUUCCUACAAUAUUAUUAAUAUUGGUUGCACUGGGCCCCGCGGACAACGGGCAGUCGGCCCAAGAUUGAACUUCUUAAAUUUUCCUCCCAAAAUCUUCCUGAUUGAGGAGAGUUAUCACUAAAAGGACACUUAAACAAUUUCAAGCAAAUUAUAAAGCAAACCUUCAUUGCCCUAAUUUCGAUUGCAAGUAUAAUCUCUUUUUGGUAUGUUACAUUAAAAGAAAAUUAUGCUUACAAGCAUGAAGAUUGCCAUUUGCCUCAACUACUUUAUUCGGAAAAUAACAUCCAGUAAGUUUUUUUUUUUUUUUUUUUACUCUACGACGGACAUGAGUUUAGAGAUAGAGCACGUUUGAGGGGAAAUUUUUCCAUAUCGCGAACAGAGUUUGAUUCGGUGCGAUUUUCACGGAGGAUUUCCUAAUUGAAGUGACAACGCGCACGCUACUUCGAGAGGGUGCGUGAAUCUCUCGCGCGCGCUUUAGGUCGCACAAGUGCGUAAGUGGCUAAGCCGACGAAAGACGGGUGACAGACCUGUCAAGUACGUUGCCAGUAUAACCACUCGGCAACAGUUUGGGAAAAAAUCCCUUUACUAACACGCUGAUAAGACGAAAGCUCUCUUAAGCCUGUCGUAAACAAUACAAUAGACUCGGUUGAAACAGAAAGUUCUCCGUUAUGUUGACACCAUAUGUUCGCCAGAUAAGUCUCGCUCGGGAAAAAUCAUCAAAACAGAGACUUUGUUUUGUAAUUAGAACUCCACAAAUCGGUAUUCCAAAAGAUCAUUAAAUCUUCUCGGGAACUGCCCUAAAGUCAAGAUCGAGAUCAAUGAUUUAAUAUACGAAUUAUAGGAUCAACGGUAGGGAUCGUCAGUUUUUUUUCCUGGCUAAUCACGAAAUUUUGGCAAGAUUUAGUUGCUAUUUUUUAAACGACAAGCCGAUGAAGGGACGAAAAAUUAAACAUUCAGACUCACUAAGACCAUCUGUGCAAUCUAUUUUCAUAUCAAAUCGUCAGGUAGCCUUCGAUCCUUCUCCCAAAUCUAUUUCCGGUCAUUCAAGCCGAAGAAAAAGUUUCGACCAAGAAAGAUUGCGUUUGUGAACUCAUAGCAAAAGAAAAGCAGCAGUAACUUAUUGUUACGUGACGAACAAGAAUUAUCGGAAAUGAUCGUGAAAGCAAUGAAUGUCUUAACAAAUUUUUUCCUUGGCUCUCGUGACUUCCUAAAUAACCCAGUGAAAUCGGACUAGUGGUAACCUUCCUUCUUAAUUAAAUCUUGAACAAAAGUGCGUGAAAUCGGGCUUCCGCUGCAUUAAAAGGAUAGAAAACUCAGAGGCGUGUUAAAAUUGAUAUUCACUUUCUUCUUGGUCAUGCAACUGAGAUCGCUGAUAUCAUUUCAUGAAGACUGUUCGAUUGAUAGCGUUUACUCGGCAUAGCAUACAUACAUACGUUUGUUAUGUCUUGGGCCAGGGAGUCAAACCACAAAUAUAUAGGCGAGGCUUUCGCUGCCCUGUAUAUGAAAGGAAUUUUCACUUCCUAUGCUGUGAGGGAUUACAAUUUUUUAAGCACUGUAGCAGAUUUGGAUGCACACCAGAGACUUAUACUUAAGAGUUAAGCAAAGAUUUAAGUCCAUUCUUAAGUUGGAUGUUGUUUGUUCCAGCUAAUUUUAAAAUGAAUUCUACAGUGCUCGAUAACAACAAAAACAAAUGUUUACAUUUAAAAGCCAUUUUAUUAAACAAACAAAUGAUCAUCUUUGCUAAAAGCCCACUCGAAAUGUUGGGAAUUUUUUAUUUUCCUUGAGCAUAUCAUAGGUAAUAGAAAGUUCCAAUUCUUUGGAACUCUGUUGAGGGUACCUCUCCUAACGAAGGUGUUCAACCGUACAACGAAUGGCAGCCUUCUUGAAUUCCUUAAUCUGUACUGGCACUUAAAAAGGAACGAGGAGACUAAACUCUUAACUUUCCUUAUCAAGGCAAGGAGUGGUGGUAAUAGAUUAAUAGCUUCAACAUUCGAAAAAAGAGGGAAUAUUAGAAUUAACAAAUUCCACUAUGGCCCACCCAGCUUAAGACAAGAAUAGUAAUUAGUGUGAAAGCAGUUAAGAGGCUUUUCCAAAUUUACUUGUACCGAAAAGAAAUACCAUGUAGUCUGUGGCCUUAAAAAAAACUGCCGAUUAGCAGGGGAAAAAAAAAUGAUACUGCAGCUUACCUUCAACAUACAUCCUUGCUGUGAUAUAAGCAUUGUAAUUACACUUUCUAGAAUUUAAACAGCCACAGAAUGUACAAGAGUUUCACCUCUCCUAUUGAUGACUUCUAUACUGAGGUUUCUGAAAACACAAGAGAAGAUAAUUUUGAAAUUUCAACUAAUUUGCCCAGUGUAACAUGAAAAAAAUGUCAACUGCUGAAAAUUGGGAUGUGAACUCUUCAACUAUUAUGAAUGGUUGCUUAUUGGAUCACUAAUAAAAACUUAGAUUACUUGAUGAAGUGUACCUGCUGUAACACCCUUAAGAAAUCCCAAUGCUCACGAAUGACGCUGAAGUGUAUUGAUAAUGUUGAUGAUGAUACACCCAGUUACAUGUACUAAAUCUUAGCCAGCUCUUAGUUGUCGUGCUACAGGGCAUCAAAAAUAACCAUAUUCCUUUGUAUUCCUAUAAAAUUUAUGACAAGAGAGAAACUUAAGCAUAAUGACUGCUUGCCCAAUAAGUUGUGCAGUGAUCUGAAUGCAAGAUGAAAGCUUUUCUCAUCAUUCAUGCCGAUAUUACUUUCAUAAAAACUAAGGAAUAAUGAAAACAUGAUGUUUUAAAACAAGAGACUUGAAAAUUAAACUAAUUUCUCGAAGAAAAAACUGCAGAGCAUCAAAUCAUCAACACAAAGACUACUCAAAUAUUUUCAGAAAUAGUCUGAUUUGUCUAUAAUAUCAUAUGAGGCACUUUUUUGAAUUAAUAUGCUCAUAAUUCUCGGGUGAUCAGGGUUGUAGCUAAGAAAUUAAACUCCGAGCAAAAUUUCAAGUGAAGCAGUCAAAAGAUGACAUUCAUUGACAAAUGGAUGGAAGUGCAUAACUUCAGAAAUAUCCUUUGUGUUUAACAAACAAAGCAAUCACCAGCCACAAAAUCCAACUGGUGGUUGCCUGUUUUUAAUCCAGCAAAUUUUGCUUGCAGCCAGUGCCAAGCAGCAACCCUGAAUGAUUCCAGAUGUUAAUUUCCAGGCAGUUAUAGUAAUAAAGAUAUUUUAAUGAAAGUUAUCAAUUCUGUUGAUAAUACUAAACUACCCUGUUAUACUCUCCCACAGAUGCAGCAGCACAGUUUCUUUAAAGACAUCCCCUUUAAUCAUAUGUUAACAUUAUUACUUGAUUUUUGCUUCAACAGUGCCAAGGAUGCCAAUCAUGUGUUCCUAAAUGUAUUGGAGAAAAAGGUGGAAGGGUAAGUUCAUUAUCAGUUUGAUGCUUUUCUCAGAAAACAUAAUAGUUCAAUUUAAUUAUUUCAUAUUAUUAAUUAACUUGAUUAAGAAUUGGCAACAUUUAUUUGGCAGUACAAGUGAUUGAACAUUAAGUGGUUUACUGAUAUAUCACGGAAUCCAAAAAUCUAUCCCUGAAGCCCUAAAGAAGCCACUAUUUCAAAAAAACUAUAAAAAUCUAAUAUUGAGUAUAUUCAUAGACCCUUCCCACUUCCAAAAAAAAAAGACAUAGAAAUAAACAAGUAACUUCCAGAAAUUGAACUGUUUUUAACUUCUUUUGGAAGAAGACAUGAAAGUUGUUAGAAAUUUAAUCAAGGUGAAGUUCCAAUCCUAUCAAAGGAUAAAUUGAAAAUUGAAUUAUACAGAGAGCAAAAAUUAAUAGAGUUUUAACAUUGUAAUCCAACCUAUAUCUAACACCCACUCAAAACCGUUAUAUCAUGGAAUCCAAAAAGCAAGAUACAUCCCUGAAGCUGUGAGGUAGCCACUAUUUCAAGACAAACCAUAAAAAUCUUAAUAUUGGUUUUGUUUAUAUACCCUCCUCUCCUCCAAAAAAAAAAAACAGAAAUAAAUGGGUUACUUCCAGAAAUUAAACUGUUUUUAACUUUUCUCAGGGAAAGUCAUGAAAAUUGUUAGAAAAUGAACCAAGGUGAAGUUCUAAUCCCAUCAAAAGAUAAAUUGAAAAUUGAAUUAUACAGAGAACAAAAAAAAUGGAGUUUUAACAUCGUAACCCUACCUACAUCUAACUCCCACUCGAAAUGAAAACCAAGGUCUAGUGAAUGAAAAACAUUAGAAUAUACCAGACUGGUAAACAGCACUUUCCGUGUGCACUGAUUGGCUAGCUCAGAAGUGAUUGACAAGUAUUAUUCACCUCCUAACAGCCAAAGAUACAAAAUUGUGAAUCACAAGAUUCAACCCCUGCCUCUUUCCCUUACAUUAACAGAAGUAAAACAAUUUUUUGGUUCUUAUGUGGUAAACAAUAAAACAAUCAUUCACCUUUGUAAUGGUAAAUAGAAAGCGGAUUUUUCUUUGUCACUUCAUGGCCUGGUAAAUAUUCACUAGUUAUUUCAGAGAAUGAUUAUUUAAUAUAUUGUGAUUGACUGUUUGGAACUAGCUGCCUAGCAAUACACCCCAACCACACUUUAUCAAGACCUCAUGUACAUGAAAAUCUUUUUUGGUCCCUCCACUAUCUGCAGGUAAAUAAUUUAAAAAUACUAAUGACUCCUUAUGCAAGAUCUUGGACACUGCAAAGAGCCAUUCUACACAUCAUGUUGCCAAACCUCUACUGGUUUUGGGGUAAACACAGGGAAAAGUUUGCUCUUUAUAGUUGCAUUUAAAUUGUACCAAUCAUGUUCCUCACUUUAGGGAGAAAGAGGAAGACAAGGAUUUCCUGGUCCACCUGGUUUACCAGUGAGUAAAGUUUGAAUGUUGUUAUUUUCGGGAUUAUUCAAAAUUAGGAGGGUUUUGCUUUUAAAAUUCUUUCACAUGCAUCAAUGUAAUGAAUCUCUUACUUGUACUAUGAGUGGGAAAACUUGAAUGGAAUUUUAAAACAUUUGGCCUAUCACUAUAAUGGAUGUUAGGCAGAAUGCAUUUUAUAGUGCUCAAUCUUAUUGAUUCUUCAUUUAUCCCAUGGGUUGGAACUCAGAUUGAUUUGUUUCACAGGAACAAACAUUGAUCAUAUAUCUGAAACGCCCUUUAACCCUCUAACUGCCAGAAGUGAUCAAAUGAAACUUCUCCCCAUAAUAUCCUUACAUUAUCCAGCAAAUAGGCAACGAGAAUAUUCAAACUUGUCAUGUAACUAAUUACAAGGAAAUGUGCAGCAGCUAAAUGGGAGAAUUAAUAAUUUGAUCUUGGGAAUUAAAGAGUUAAGUUUUCAACUUUUUACCAUUACAACUCCCUGGAUCCCAGAAACACAACCUAAAUCACGUAUGUCAAAAACAAAUCGCUGAAAAUAUCGUUUUUAUGUUGACUUCGCAAAAAAUGAUUCAAGAGUGUCUUCAUAAACAAGUGUGUCAAGUUUUCAAAAGCUCUGAGCUACUUCAUCUUCAGAACUAUACUUUCUUAGAAUUCAACUGGGGCCAAAUGAUAUUCGUUUCAAAAUCAAGCAACAAUCAAUACGUGAGGAGCUUACAAAGAAUAUAACUCCUCAGAAAAAUUUAGAUGAAUGGCACUCACCUUUAUCUAUUUUGUAGGGUUUUCAAGGACCAGAAGGUCUACCCGGUCCCAGAGGUAAUAAGGUAAGACUCAGGAAUUCUGAAAUUCUUAAAUGUGUUGUUUUAUGGCUUUGAAUUCCGAUCAAAGGGAAUCAACUCUUCUUUGCUUGAGUUGCAUACGAUACAAUGAGGUUGUCAAAAAGGUUCUCAGUGGACAUAAAGCAUUUUAAACUAUCAACUUUGACAAAAGAAAUAUAGGGAUUGAAUCCAAUUAAACCCAUUUCUGGGACAACCAAUAUACUGCUGGAUGCGACAGGCAAGAUUUUCCCGCCAUAUAUCCCUAACUAUGGCUUGGUUACCAAGGCAUAGUGUUUGGUGAUUAGCAUAAAUCAGCUGAACUGACUUAAAACACAUGUAAGUUAAAUUCCUCUUUAUUUUAUCUGCAUUGUUUCAGUUUCAACCGAAAAUUGAGCAAAAAACGCUUAAAGUUAAGGAUAAUUUUGUUCUUUGUUACAAAUUGAAGGCGGAUUUCCGGGGAUUUUAUUGGGUGCAAGCAGUUAUUCUGUCGCCACGUCCGAUUAGUUUUGUAAUGUCCAGUCUUGCUAGCAGGAUCGGGUGAUCCAUGCCUUUGAUUUGAGAAUAUAUUUCGCAUCUUGAGUUUGAUCAGGUGCCCACCAACUAUUUCAUUGCCUAUACCACUACUGUUUCUUUGAUGAUACAUCAACGAUUAUGGUUGGAGUUUCGAUUAUCUGCUAUGUAAUUUCGAUGAGGAGCUAAUUUCUGUUUCAAUACCCGUGUUUUGCUCUAUGUUCUUUUUGUAACAACUGAUGCUUCAAUUAAUUGGAACCUUUCAAUUACUCCUGAAGUUUUAUUUUUUAUGAGAUUCACUCUCUUCUAUACUUGAACCUUUGGAUAUAAUUGGAACCUUUCAAUUACUCCUGAAGUUUUAUUUUUUAUGAGAUUCACUCUCUUCUAUACUUGAACCUUUCAUAUAGCGUACUCUAUUUUCCAUUCUGUUCUUUACACAUUUCAUGACAAAUAAUUUUCAAAAAUAAUAGGUACUCAAGUAUGGAAUCAUUUCCCUUAUUCUCACAACCUUCAUGUUCAAUUCAGGGGUGAUUGUGUAAGGAGAAAUUGAGUGCUAGUCAACCUAACCCUCCCAACAGAUAAAAGACAGGAGUUUUUUUUUGUUGUUCUUUUUUAAUUGUUCAAGCUUGUUGUUCAUCUUUUAACAUUUUCAUUCUUCAUUUCAGGGCGGUAAAGGUGAAGCAGGCCCAACUGGUGAAAGAGGGCCAAGAGUAAGUACAGUCUUUACAGGAAAUCUCAUUUGUUUACCAACAAACUGAUUAUCAGCUGUUCUUUUCUGGUUGUACUGCAGAUCAAUUAAUUGGCCACUGAGAUUUUUCAUCUAUUAUCAACUACAGCCGUUCAUUAAAAAUAUGCUAAACCUUAAGAGAAAAACAGUGGUGAAUUAAAUUCAUGAUAUGCAGACAAAGGUAGAAAACCAAAUUGAUUCUUAAAUUGAAAGCAUUUUAUAAGUAAUUCUUUUUAUUAGUUGAAGUUCACAUUCAUUUUUAAUCAACAUAAGUAAGUAGGUGCUUGAGUAGUUCAUCUUGAACAAGGCUUAAGAGAGUUUAUCGUAAUAAAGAUGAGACAUUGAAGUGACAUCAAUCUUUAUAUUUCAGGGAAAUUUUUUAAACAAUUUCUGUUAUACAUUUUCUACAAGUUUGGCAAAUGAGAUUUUGGUGCUGAAUCAAACAAGUUUCCCUUAGUUGAUUUUAACCCUUCUUAUUUAUCUUUCUUAUUAAAAGCUUGUGAACUAAUAUUUAAAAGAGAUAUUUCUUUUUGGUCAUUCCUCAGGGUGAAAGGUUUAAUUGCACAAAUAUUUUCAUGAAUGUUAAGCUUUGACAAGUAACACCAGAUAAUUAUGUGUUCAUUUCCCUCUUUUGUCCAAUAGGGACGAGUUGGUCAACCAGGUUUUCCAGGAGUAAAUGGAAAUCCAGUAAGUUCUGUCAAACCUCGGAGAACAUUUAUAUGGAAUAUUAAACCAUAAAUUCAAAGCUGGAAAACAUUGGGAUUACUUUCAAAGUUUCCUUGUUGAUUAAAUCAUGUUUUUGCUUGCUUAGUGUCCACUACCGUAGUUAUGACUCUGAAAAUUAUGGAAUACCAAUAUACCCGAAAAAAAAUACAAAAAUACCCCAAAAUACCCCAAAUUCCUCCAAAUAUACCCAAAAAUAAUCGAAGCUUUGAAUACUCUAUACCUGAAAUUCAAAGAAAGUGAUAUACUGAAUACCCAUAUUUAAGCUGCAGUAUACCGUAUACCCGAUUUAAAACGCCCCUGAAUACCGAAUACCCAAAAACCCUGGCCGACCCUGACUCUGAAAAUCAUCACUAAUAGUUAAGUGCUAGGAAGGAGUUAGAAAAUGUGUGAGAGCGCAGAAGGGUGCUGGCCGCCAUUACUCACCAUUAUACUAUUGAUAUGCAUGAGGAACAAGAAUUAAUUAGUAUUCAUCAGUGAAAGAGAGGGAAGACAUACCGCAAGUAUGUGAGAGUCAUCACGCGUAAAAAUAGCUGAAUAGCAAACAGUGAACUGUAAAAGUUUUUAAUCCAUAGGUAGGACCCCCUGACUAUCCUGCAAAGAUUUAUCACCUCAGAGUGCAGCACAGUUAUGUCUUAAUUUUAACUUUGAUUAAAUACAUUUAGCCACAUUUAAUGGUUAUUUAAUCAUUUUGUUUAUUUAUAGGGUAUACCUGGUGAGGAUGGUCCUCGUGGUAUGAUGGGAGACCCAGGCUGUAAUGGAACAAAGGUAUGUAGUGCAUUAAGUAACAUAAUAUUCCCUGAUCAGACAAGUUUGCAUACAAGUUAUGAACAGGCAAGCAUACUAUUGAAUUUGAUUAGACAAAUUUACUAGCUAUGUUAUAACACUUUUAUAAUACCCCUAAUCUGUGAAACCUGUAUUAAACAGUCAACGGCAACCCCAGUCCAACCUGUGUUUAGUGGUCCCCCUGCCAUUUCCCAUGCGUGAUCACUCAACACAAGUUGGACUGCAGUUAUAGUAAACUGCAUAUAGUCUAAAGUUGGUAUUUGUUAGAAGCAGUAUACUUAGUCAAUUUCUUGGUUUGACAAACUAAUGGCCUUGACUCACACAGUUUUAGAUGGACAUGUAUCCUUGAGUUAUUUAGACUGAGUAUGAUAUGGUAGGUUUUUGUUAAAAAAAAAAAAGAGAGAGAGAGAAAAAAAACAGGUGCAUGUCAAUAGGCUUUCGAUUGAAACCCAUCCUCUAAAUGUAAUUUUACCCCAAGACUUCUGACACUCAUUCACUUCCAAUUCUAUCUGGCAACAGGGAGAGCGAGGUAUCCCAGGAAACCCUGGAAACCCAGGACCCAAAGGAAACACGGUACUUAUAUUAUUUUUAAAUAAAAACCUCCAGAUGGUUUCAUCAUAAGUAUGUUUUUAAGUCCUCCUUAAAGAAUUUCAUGGUAAAGACUUGGACAAAACCUUAGCUCACCACAAUUUUACAGAAAGUUGAUUGUCAGUACAAUUUGAGGCUUGGUAAGUAUCAACCAACAAGUCAAAUUGCAUUGUGGUCCUUGAGGCAGAUAUGUUAUUUGUUAAGUAGAAGCAAUAUUGGAGGAGAGUAUGUCAAAUGAACAAGAAACUAAAUGUUUUCUACUAAACAAAAAUGCAUUCACACCAAUAGAGUGGAUUGUUGGAUGAGCUAAAAAUUACAGAAAAACAUUGGUUUCAAUUCAGAAUGAUAUCAUUAAGAACAAAUUGUGUUACUCACAGUUCUCUAGGAACUUGACUUUCUAUUUCCAUGCAUCUCUUCUGAAUUGUCCUUCCAGGUUUAUUGUUUGAGACAUACAUUUAUACUCAUGUGAUGUCAUUAGUUAUUACUAAAGAAUACAUUUUUUCCUACAAUUUUGAGGUGUUUUUCUUGUUGGUCCCCAGGGCUUGGCUGGCAAUGUAGGAAUGAAAGGUGAAAAAGGUUCAUCAGCCACUGAUGUUGUUGGAGCUAAGGUACAAGUAUAUCCCAUGAUUAACCCUUUCACUCGCAAGAUCUCAUUUAGUAAUCCUCCUUGCUGUGGGUCAUAAAAUUCCUAUGGGGUGUGUAAUAAAAUAGAGACAAUGUUUUACCAGUCUAAUGGUUUUAAUAACCUGAUUCCUAAAUAUACAAGAAAAAGAGUGGUAUACAAAAAUGAAUAAAUAAGCCAUAUAAGCAAAUAAACACAAAAUAUGUACACAAAAUUAUUUAAACUAAAACUAUGCAGAUUCCAAGUUUGUGGCAUGUCACUUAGAGAGGUCUUAAUUUGCACAGAGUAUUUUAAUUGCACGGCGUAUUUUAAUUUGGGGUUACAACGGUGUGCUUUCGGAGAAUGUGAUAAUGGAUCAACUGAUAAUCGUCUGAUUGAUAUUUUGCUAUAUUCUCAUCACUUGUCUUCUUGAUGUUGUAUUGAGGUUGUAUAGAGAAAUUCUAUCUUUGUCACUAGUGGGAGUUGAAGGGUAACGAAGACAAAGUCAUCUUACAAGCAGGGAGGCCUAUCCUGGAUGUUUAGCUACAUGUUUUAUUUGCCCCCUCCUACCCCCGGGUGGAAUGCCUGUCUAUGACAAGAUUACACCCUCCAGAAUUUCAUUAAAUUUUUGCAAGAGUCAUUUAAGCCCAUUUGCCGGUCAUUUGAAAGGUGGUUAGUGAUAAUCCUGGGUUAAAAUUGUAUCUAGGAAUACUGUAUGAUGUUUUAAAAACUCAUUCGCAACCUUUUUCUCUUCUUUUCAAAGGGAGAUACAGGACCUCCAGGAGAAACAGGAGAUGCUGUGAGUAUUUUUUAUCUAACUCUUUCUUGCAUAGGAAGAUGAUGCAUUGUUACUGACAGAUACUCUCCCUUUUUUCAUAAAAAUUUUGCACUUUCAAAAAGUUUUUCAUCUAUUCAAAGUUAAACAUUAUAACUAUAGGCAGAAAAUCAAACUUGCCAGGUAUGAUAACAUAUUCAAGAAAAUUAUUGAUAUAGUAAAUAUUGAUUAUUAAUUGUGGUAAUUUAAUUGAGUGAAGUGUAAUUUGGUCUGAAAUCAUACACUUGAUUUCAAAAUCAAACAUGUACACAGGGCUAGUUUGAUUUGAAACCACAAGACAGUAUGAUUUUCAAUUACCACUUUAUCAUGUCCAUUUUUAAACUGCAAAAUUCAGUCACUCAAAUACAGGUUUUUUUCAGUUUUUACAAAUAUUUUAUUGAUUCAGCACUGAGCUGGUUUGGAAAAUUUGAUUUGUUACUUUAAACAAACCUCAAAUUCAGAUCGGUUGAUGUGUUUUAGUAAAGAUUUCUAACUGACUGGGAAAAAGAUGCUACUUGGAGCUAAAAAUGGCUAGAUUCAUGAAUAAAUUGCACCAAUUGGAGCCAUCAGAUUGUAAGAAAAACCAUUGAUUUCAAAAUGGAUGUCAUAAAUGCAGCUUAACAAUUGUUUAUAGGGAGAGCGCGGGGACAGAGGAUCACCAGGUGGCCAGGGACCACCAGGGGAGAAAGGGGAACCUGGAUCACCAGGCCCUGAUGGAGCAAAGGGAGAAAAGGUGAGUCUAUCUUGCUAAAAAUUAAGAAACAGACUUUGUUGCAUAUACUAAUCAUCACAUACAGUGUUCAUACAUAUACAAACCUCAGAAUGGCCUAGGUCACCAUAGAGUCUCAGUCUAUAGCUCACUUGUGAAGAGCAUAGGUGUGGAAAGGUCUCAAGUUUGAUUCCCUACAGGGAAUCAACUUUUCCUUUUUUCCCUUGCUUGUGACAAUUAAAUAUUUUGAAGUGUAGGACUUGAGUAGUUUCGUGGUAUAUUCUCUUGACUAUCCUGUUUUUGCUAGAGGGGAGAUACUAAGUAAACAUAUUUAAGUUACGGGUUGUUGUUUUGCAUGUUCCUGCUAGAAGUCAACCAAUUUGAAGAGAUACAAAUUUUAGUUAUGGGUACUAUGAUGGUUGUUUGUAUUAAGAUAACAAGCAGUUAAGCAGUGCUUUACAAGUUAAAAGAUGCACCCACUUCAUGGCUGCAAUUGGAACACUUGUCUAAUUGAUGGUACUGAAACAGUUUUUAUUUGGUUGUUGCUGUAGGGAAAUCAGGGGAUUGCAAAACAAGGAGCAAAGGGAAAGAUGGGUGUACCAGGUGUGAAAGGAGAAAAGGGAAAACCAAUGAAAAUCGAUGAAAUUAAAGGAUCAAACCUCACUGUAAUCACAGUAAAGGUUGGUGAUUAUUUACUUUGUUUUCUCAAUUGCAAUCUUAAAAUUGACAAUCUCAAGAUUGAGGAACACUUAAUGAAAAAUUGUUGAAGUACAAGAUGGGUACAGAGUGCAAUGGAAAUUUGGAAAACAUGAAUAACGGUGAGCAGCUCUGUGUGAUGUUUUGAACAAACUUCAACGCAGGAUGUAUAGGAUUAACAACGAUUUAAUAAACAGUUGAAAACAGGCAUGUUACAUGUGAUCAUCACUGGAAGCCAUGAUGAUGUUUUUUUUUUUUUUAUGAAAACAUCCCAUAGUUCUUAGCAAACAUCCAGUAUCAAUAACUUUUAGUUUAUGUGAACAUUAAACUCUGCAACAGAAUUUAGUUUCUAUUCAUACAUGUACUCAUUAAGGUUAUCUGGAUAUGGCUGAAGGAAUAAAUUAAUAUAUGAGAAUUCUUGUGAAUUGUUUUCAAUGCUCAAAAGUCGUUAUUGUCAGCUUUAGACCAUGGACCAGGAGCUCUAAGUUAUCGUAAAAUGAACUGCUUGCUGCUGGACAACUGAAUACAAGUUGCCAUCUUGAGUAACUCUUGCCGUGAAUUGAUUAUAUGGCCAGAUUUUUUUUCCAUUUGAUAUGGCAGCCAAAUUGCUUACAGCUGGAAGUAUUUAGUUUUAGAAAUGUGUACAUACAGAGCAAUUCUUGCAGAGGCCUUUGGUUUAACAAUUUGUCAUCUGAUAUGUCUUAAAAAUCAUGGUUAAGUGGACAAAAUUUAUUUAAUGAUGCACAUUAGAAUCACUCUCAAAGUAUUUAACUUUCAAAGUUCUUUCCAUAUUCUAGUAGCUCACUGAAUCUAUUAUUUUGUGGCAUUUUUAAUUAUUACAUGCAGUAAACCAGUAACUUCCAUUUCAACUGUAAACUUGCAACUGUUUUGACCUUUAAACUAUCUUUGGUGCAAGGAGUUAUUCAUUUGCUGCAUCUUCAGACAAUAGACUAGUUUGGUUAUUUAUAAUUAUCAACUGAGUUGAUAACGUAAAUUGGCCAUUGUAAAGAAUUUAAAACCUGACAUUUUGAGCAUUAGUCCUAUGUCAAUCACUCCUAUGAACAGCUGUCACUCAAAAUGUCAGCUUUUAAACUCUUUACAGGGGCCAAUUUAUGUUAGCAGCUUAGUUGAUAAUACUAAAUUACCCUGCUAUACUCUCCCACAGAAGCAGCACCACAGCUUCUUUAGAAACUUACCCCCUUUAUUCAUAGAUUAAUUUGCUUGACUGUAACGCUGAUUUACAUUUUCACCACCAUGCUUUAAUGUUUUAUUCUUUCUUAAGUAUGAUAGUUCAUUUCAAGAAUUAACUCUUCUACCAUCUAAAAGUUCAUUUUUUUCUAAAGACAAUCUUGAAUCUUUUUUAAUUCCAGGGGAUCAAGGGAGACAAAGGUGAACCGGUAAGCAUUACUUUACUACUGAGAAAAGAUUUUUGGGCUUGGAAAUAAACAACAUGGUCACUUGAAACAAUGUACAUGUAUUUAAAGUGGCAAUUCUAACUAAACUAAAGGAGCUAUAGCCACUGCGUUUUCAAAUGGUUGUCAAAUCAUCACAAAAUCUGCUCAGGUUUGUUUUGAGCUUCAAUCGUGGUGCAAUUUCAUUAAACUGUUGGCAAGGUUUGGCUACCAAAAAAUUGAAUAAUCAGAGAUUGAAAUUACGUGGCAAGUGACAUACUACUGAAUAAUACUUAAGAUCUUGUGUCUUGAAUAGGCGAGGUUGUUAAGAAACAUGGUCAUUGGAGACCCCAUUUUUGAAUCAGUCAAACAAAAUCACUACAACCGGAUAUCACUUACUGCUAGAGGCUGCAUGGAGAGACACUUAAGAUAAUAUCCAUAAAAUUACAGAGAGGGCAAUUUUUUUUUAUUUUAAAUUUCUAGGGCCAGUCUGGUAGCAAAGGAGAGAGAGGAGAAAGAGGACCAUCCAACCCUGUUAGUGUACUAUUUGUGUAAUUUGUUUAUUUUUCCUCAUCUUUAAUAAAAUUAGUAGGAUUUUUUUUUUUUUAUUUCGUGACCUCUCUAUAUUUGGCAAAUUAAACUCAGGUGCACGUUUCUGCCAGCACUUGAUUCAGGUUACUCCAAACUAAUGCAAUUGCAUGCUCUUCAGCAAAAAGCCAGUUCAUGAUCAAAUGCUGCAUUAGAGGUACAGAUGUAUUCUUUCUGUCGCCAAUAAUACUAAAUACACAAGUGUGUCAAUUACAACAGUUUAAACUUAUUGAUACCCAGUUGACUCUUAACCCUUUAACUCCUAUGAGUGACCAAGAGAGAAUUUCUCUUUAUAAUAUCAAUACCAUAUCAAGCAGACAAGUGAUGAGAAAAAAGAAAAAUAUCAGGUAGGAGAUUAUAAGAUGAUCCAAUACCAAAUUCUCCAAACCAACAUCACAAGAACUGUAUGGGAGAUAGUAAGGAGAAUUGCUAAAAAGAUCUUGGGAGUUACAGGGUUAAGAGAGGCUGUGCCUCAUCGUUGAAAUCAUGAUGCAAGUUUGUUCCUACUGAAUAUUUACACAUUUUAGUUAUUAUUACAUCUUUGACAUGAAAUUUCUGUCUCAACUCCUCUUUAGGGUCCAGAAGGUAUCCAAGGACCUACUGGGCCACAAGGAGACCCUGGUCAAAAGGGAGAACAGGUAAAUAUCUGCAAUAAUAGAAAUCAAGAAUUAGGUAUAAAAUUAUAGAAACCUGAGUUCAAAAUUUAUUUGACUGUUAUAUCAAUUUUAUUGUUUGUAUUUUUUUUGGACUCAAACCUUGUGUAACUUUUCCUUAAAUUUGCUCAAUGUUCUGUAAUAUUAUCCUCACUACUUAUAACAAGUCUAGACCUCUCAGUGAUUUCAAAUCAAACUACAGUCAAACCUGUAUUGAGCAGCUCCAAAUUAAGCAGUUGCCCUGUAUUAAGUGCUUGUUUACAAAGUCCCAACAUUUGUACUUCUUAAUUACUGUAAUUUUCACUUCUAUUGAGCAGUCACCCUUUAAAGAGUCCAAAAGGCCUUUGUGUAUUUUCUUCCACCUGUAUUGAAUGGUUACUUUAAACAAGUCUACUAUUUUUGAGCAAGUUUACUGGACAAUUAUGGCAUGAAGUGACAUUUUUUUAAAAAUUAUUAUUUUUUUGUCAUGAAUAUCCCUAUUCUGUGGAACUUGUAUUAAGCAGUCACCCUGCCAUUCCCUGUAAGUGACCACUAAAUACAGGUUCAACUGUACCCUCUUUUUUGUCAUGUUAGUCAUUUCUUUCCAUCCUCUGGUGACUCAAACCUCAUGUGAUCAUUAAAACCCGGCCUUGAAGGUUAAAUUUGAAGAAGACUAAUUGAAACAUCUAAAUCUACAAAGUUAUGGAUUAAAUUUUUUUUAAACCCAUCCCAAUCUAUAUGAAUUUUUUUUUUGUCUAUUCAAGGGUUUCAAAAUAAGCCCAUGACCGCAAGAGUUCUGCCAGCUACUCGAUGACAAGUUGCCAGUUACUUUGCCCAAAAUAAUGACCUUUUGGCUCUUAAUUAACCCUUUAGCCUCAAAGAGUGACUAGCAUAUAAUUUUUCCCUGUGAUAUCACCCCUGAAUCACACAUUUAGGUCACAAAAGUGAAAGAAAUGAUCACCAAUUAAAAAAGCUCUUGAUUAUUAAACAAAUUCUCCUUAUCAGCACCUCAGGAAAUGUAAUGAGGACAGUACAGAUAAUAUGCAUAUUGAUUAGAGUUGGGGGUGUUUAAGUACAUUAAAGUAUAAAGAGUGUCAUUGAUAUUUUAGGGAGAGACUGGUACAAAAGGAGCUCCAGGAGAAGAUGGUCCACAGGUUAGAGAUUGUGUUAUUGAUUUUUUUGUUUUUUUUUUUUCUGUUACCUUUUAACCCUUAAAUCCUUGUGGGGAAAAGGAAUCUAAUUUCUCAUUGAGUAUCGCUAUUGAAUACUCAGGGUCGGCCAGGGUUUUUGGGUAUUCGGUAUUCAGGGGCGUUUUAAAUCGGGUAUACGGUAUACUGCAGCUUAAAUAUGGGUAUUCAGUAUAUCACUUUCUUUGAAUUUCAGGUAUAGAGUAUUCAAAGCUUCGAUUAUUUUUGGGUAUAUUUGGAGGAAUUUGGGGUAUUUUGGGGUAUUUUGUCGAUUUUUUUUCGGGUAUAUUGGUAUUCCACUACCCCCCCUGGCCGACCCUGAAUACUGCAAAAAGGCUUAUGAGAAUCAAGGAAAUGAUCACAAUCUUGAACAGCUCUUGAUUUUUAACUAAAUUCUCCUUGUCAUUGCCUUGAGGAAUAUAUUAAGAACACUGUGGAGAAUAUGCAUGUUGAUGUUAGGGUGUAAAGGGUUAAUGUACUAAUAGUUCUUAGGCAAUAACUGUAAUUGGAAAUCCUUCCUCUAUAAACACACUUCCCUUCUCAACAAUUCUUUGUCAAGUUAGUUUUAACAAAAAAUAGUUUUUGUGACCAAAGUCUAUUAAUACUUUUUCACAAUGUUUUAUGAAUUGCCUUCUUUUUUGCAUGGACAACAGCCUUCUUUUGCCUGCCCAUACAUUUUUCUACUCCAAGAGAAAUUAUAUUGUGUUUGGAAAUACUUUGUUAAAAGGCAUUUCCCUUCUUAGCAACGCUUUGUGAAUUCCAUGUUGAUAAAAUCAUUGUGACAAGAGUCUAUGAGUCUAACUUGUCAGUUGUCCCUGGAUUCUUUUUUUUUUUCUUUUUUUACAUGGGUUGGGGCUAUCUUUCCUGCAUGCCAUUUAUUUUUUCCUCCAUAGGAAAUAAAAUGUUGUUGAUAGUUUAAGUGUAAAUUAUUAACAAGAUUUUGUACACUUUGGUUUUUAACAUCACAGGGACCUCCUGGUACACCAGGAGAUGAAGGUCCUCUUGGAGAAAGAGGGGCAACAGGAAAUUCUGGUGAUCCUGGAGAACCAGGCUUGAAAGGAGACAGAGGAGACAGAGUAAGUUUUAACCCCUGAGAGUUAAAUUUAUAAUGACUGACUUGAGAAUUUGAAAGGUUGGUGCUGAUUCCUGGUGUCCCAAUGUGUUUUAGAGGUGUCCAUCCUAUAAAGAUGUGCAUGGAGAGAGAAAUGAUGUCCUUUGGUCAAACCUUGUUACCACUAAUUACUCGGGGAUGCCUGUGGCAGCCCAUAUUAAAAAUUUGUUUGAUUUUCAUAAUAGUCAAAUGUGGAAGUUAGCCAUGUUAGCCAUGUACUCCUGCUUCUCACUGAAGUUAAGCCCUGUUGGCAGGUUUACUUCUUGGAACGGUGACCACACAUAAUAUCCCAUGCUGUUGACUUUUUUUUCUUUUCUUUGUUUUUGAUUUCAUUUGUGUACUUUGAGGUGUCAGCAUUACAUUUCAUAUUUUCCACAUAAAACCAGAGAGACUGUAGAUGAACAAUCAACACCUAGCUCCUACGUUAAUGCCUCCAGGUGUCUUGUCCUACCCUAUUUUUUCAUGGGUUACUCAUUUACUUAUGCCUUGGUUUGCUGAUGAUGACAAGUUUUGUCAACGAGCACAAUUCCGGUCUAUUGAUUGAAACUUAUCAGCAUGAAAUUAAUAAAGUUGUCUUCUUUAGGGACCUGAAGGAGUUGGACCACCAGGCCCUGAUGGCCCCAAGGGUGACACAGGGCCUCCCGGUUUUCCAGGUUCAAGUGGACCAAAAGGUGACAUAGGAAAUCCUGGUGCCACAGGCCCUCCAGGACCACCUGGGCCACAAGGAACACAGGGUGACCCAGGACCUACUGGACCUCCAGGAGGAUUGGGACUUCCUGGUAAUAAAGAUUAAAAUGAUUAUAACUUUAAAAAAUUGUUGCUGUAGCUCUGCUGCCAGCAGACACUUAGGUUACAGUACUUAAAAAUUUCUAUCAGUUGUAAUAUUGAUUUGGCUGGCUAGUACUACCAUGUCAUCUUCAUUCCUUAACCCUUUCUACCCUUACAUCAGUAUGCAUAUUCUCCAUACAGUUAUCCAAACAUUUCCGUUGGUGCAGACAAGGGGAACCCCUAAGAGUGGCUGCCAUCUUAUUUCUUCCUACAAUAUCACCUUUGAAUCAAUCAGUAAAUUAUCACUAACUAGAGAAGCUACUGGUUAAACAAAUUCUCCUCGUCAGCACCUUAGGAAAUGUUUGGAGAACAGUAUGGAGAAUAUGCAUACUGAUUUUAGGGUGUAAAGGGUUAAUGUGUAGUUAACUUUGUAUUUUAUUAUUUUAUUUGUCCCUUAAUUUUAGUUUAACUGAGAAAAAAUAUGAAACACACAGUGCUCUAACAGAUGAUCUUUCCAAACAGCUGGAAACUUGUAAAUGUUAAUGAUCCAAACAUGAUCAGCCUUCCAGUUUCUCUAAUUCUAAGUUAAAAAGAUUAAAGCUUGGAAAGGUUAACAAAUGCCAGAGAUUAAAAGUGAUUAAUUCAGAUCAGUUGCUUGUAGAGUUGCUUCAAUAAAACUGUAAACAGGUAGAAAAAUGAUAAUAAGAUAUGGAAUUUUGUGAUUAGGCAAUCCUGGGAUGAAAGGUGCAACUGGUAAUCCAGGACCCCGGGGCUUGCCAGGUCCAAAGGGGGAUAGAGGACCACGUGGAGUCACUGUCUUUGGAGAUCCAGGCAUGGAUGGAGAACGUGGACAAAGAGGAGAGAAAGGAGACAAGGGAGAACAAGGAUUUCCAGGCCCACAAGGUAAUAAUUAAUGAUGGUAAUAGGGUUUAGGGUCGAAUACGGUCUGUAAUCAUACAAGUGAUGAACAAAGUCAAGAUUUUUUAAUGGUAAAUAUGAUUACAGACAGAAUUGGAUGACACAAAGUCCUGUUACCAGUUAAUCAAAACAAUGACAAAAUUUGAAAAAGAAACUAGACAUUGGUUAUAUGUUUUCAUUGUUUUCAAAAAACAACAGUUACAACAGUGCGACCAUGUACUAAUACAGGCAUGACAUGUCAACUUUCUUAUUUUACUGUCCAAUUUCAAGCAUGACACACACACUGUCCUAUUUUUGGGCUGGUGAUAACCAAUCAUGUUCAAAAAUUUUCUUUAUAGUUUUGAUUAAAAGUAAUGUUGCCUGGACACUUUGAGAGUGAAAUUGAAUUGAGUAGUUAUUGAAUAGUUUUCUGAGGUAUCAAAUUUUAAUUUUAACCUGAUGUCAUGAGAAUGUUUUUGAAGUAAGAUUGGAUGCCUGGAGUAGCUAAGAGCUUUAACUUUUGGAAGCCAGCUGAAGGAUACUCCACAACCACAGAGUAGGAAACUAAUUCCCAAAUGCACUAACAAAACAUCUAGCAAGCCAGAAAACAUUCAGCAAUCAAAAAGAGAGAAAUGAGAAAUUUUGUUUAAAACGAAAUGUUUUGCUCUCCAAGGUGAUAGCGAAAGUGGUCCUCCAGGAGAAAAAGGUAAUCAAGGCCCACAGGGGUCUCAAGGAGAAGAUGGCCCAAAGGGGUCCCAAGGUCCCAAAGGUGAAGCUUGUGGUGACUGUCCAGAGGGCCCCCAAGGUCCUUCAGGAGAAGAUGGUGAAAGUGGCCCCCAAGGGCCAAGUGGUACCUCAGGGUUACCAGGCGACCCUGGACCUCAAGGUGACCCAGGGCCUCCUGGACCUCAAGGACGCAGUGGACGUGACGGAGAACCAGUAAGUGGUGCAUUUAUGGGCUUAUAUCUGUACAGCUCAAAAUCAUUUCAGAUGGGUUGAUCUGCUCAGCAGAUUUUACCUUGACCAGGUCUUAUUUCUGAUCAGUCAGAACAUUGAGAGGAGUAAUAUAGUUGUAAUAAUACACAUGACAAGGUUAAGCCCAUCUGAUUGGCUGAAAACAAUUGUAUUUUUCAUGUAACACAAGUGCAAAUUGCAAAAAGCUUGCACAUACUGUCAAAAUUUUUGUCCGUAUUGACUUUCUGUGAUGCUUUUUUCACAUAAAUUAUUAACAAGUACCAACAUGAUUUAUUGUGUAAUUUGGUGUGCACUUGUAAAUUUUCAAAGACUACAAAUUGCACUCACCCUAUGUGCUCAUGCAGUUUUACUGUCCUCAAACAAUUUACUCAAUCAACACCAAAUUGCACUCAAAAUUAGGUUAUACCUAUACUAAUAAUACUGCAAAAUUCUGAAAGUAGUUUUUCAUCAAUAGGAUCUGUCACUCUAAUUAGCAUGUUUAGUUGUAUGGGUGUCACAAAUAUAAAAGAUAAGAACUUUGUGUUUCAACAUUGCUGCAGUUUUCUUGACUUUUUGAUUGUGGAAAGGAAAUUUUCUUUAAAAAUAGUAACAGGUGUGAAAGAUUGCUGAGUUUAAAGAUGUGUGAUACAUGUGUGGGACCUUAUGAAUUGCCUGUAUUAAUAAUUAGCAACAGUUCACGGCCUGAAUAUCAUGUAUGAUUAUUCAAUAUCGCAUAAAGUAAAUGUUCUCUUUGACUUGUAGGGUCUGCAAGGUGAUCCUGGCGAAGCUGGAGCUCCUGGGCCUAAAGGUGAAAAGGGAGAGGUUAUCAGAGUGGUAGGGGACAAAGGGGAGAAAGGAAAACCGGGUGUGGAGGGUAUCUCUGGUGAUCAGGGUCCUCCAGGAGCAGAAGGAGCACAAGGGCCACCUGGACCCAAGGGGUCUACCGGACCUCGCGGACUUAAGGUUUGUCCUUUUCAUAUUAAAAAAAAAAAUGGUUGCUAUUAUUCAUCGUGGUGAAAACACUUGUCUCAAAGUACAAUUUGUUAAUCCCAUGAUGUAGUCACUUCCCAUUGUGGAUUGCAAUGUUAUGGUUAUAUACUGCUUGCCUCCUUCAAGCAAUACGGUCAAGUGGAUUUGUUGUCAUAUGAAGCAUUGUGCUUAGUUGUGAUUGGCUGAUGUGUUUCUUCUUCUUUCGUCCUCCAGUCUGCCUUCAUUCGCUCGAUCAUGAAAUAUUUUGCUUUAUUUUGUAAAAGUUUCAAAGUUUUUACAGACAUUGUAGAUGAGGAUAUUUGGAAUAUGAAAGGCUUCAAAGUGUGUUUUAAGUACUUGUAAGUCCAGAAAUUUGUUCAGUGUUCACUAGACCUUUUAGAUGUAACUUUUUCCCUUAAUAUAUGGGAUGCCUGUGGCAGACCACGUUAAUAAAUUGGCCAUCGUGCUCAGAAGAGGAAACUAGCCACGUGCUUGUUUAACCAAGUACUUCUGCUUGUUACUGAAGUUAAGCCCUACUGACUGUUAUUACUACUUGGAUGGAUGACUACACUUAAUAUCCCGUUUUCGUUUUUUUUUUCUUCGUCUUUAUUUUUUCAAUUUCAUUCCUGUACUGUGAAUAGGCAGUAUUAAAUUUCUUAUUUUCCACAUAAAACCAGAGUGAAGGUAGAUAACAACCAACACAUCCCAGGUUAACGCCUCCACGCUCCUUUUCUCAUUUUGCGAAGUGGAUUUGAUUGUGUCAGCAGAAGAUUGUUGUAGUGACCCUUGCCUUCACUCACUGCUACAAUUCAUUAACCCUUUAAACUCUAAGAGUGACUAGCAUCUAAUUUCUCCUUACUAUAUCAACCCUGAAUCAAACGUGAAAGUCAUGAGAAUAGAUGAGAUGAUCACUAGCGAAAGUAGCUCCUGAUUGUUAAACAAAUUCUCCUUGUCAGCUUCUUUGGAAAUGUACAGAGAACUGUAUGGAGAAUAUGCAUACUGAUGUUAGGAUGUAAAGGGUUAAAUAAUAAGUUCAAUCAAGUAUGAGGAUUGUGUUGAUCUAUUUUGUUUUCUCCUCGCUUGAUUGUUUCAGGGUGAGAGAGGCUUGGAUGGAAAGGAUGGGAAAACUGGCGAGACAGGUCAGAGGGGAGAGAAAGGAAUGAAAGGCGAGCCAGGAGAGGUUGUAAAUGGGCCUAAAGGGAAAGAUGGUGAAAGAGGCGAUAAAGGAGAUUUGGGGGCCAAGGGCGAAAAAGGUGCGGCCGAUAUUUCUGUUUCCUAAUGAGAGAUUUGUUACUUUUUCUCUUUUCUGAUAUUGCAUCAAUUUCAAUUGCAAUACAAUUAAUUCACACUUACAGAGCGAACUUAAAUCAGGAUAAAUUGGAAGUCACUCAACAAUUUGUUUUUCUUUUUGUGUUUAUCUUACUCUUAACAUUCAUUCCAUGUCAGUAGGACAGUAAAUUUCAAAUACUAUUAAGUUGCUGCUGCUGCUGUGAAGUUACUGCCAAGUUGAAUGAUAAAAAGAUUUUUAUGAAUAGGCAAAACAACCACUACACAACAAACAAGGCUGUGCUCUAAGGAAAAUUUCAGGGAGCCCUUCGGGCUCCCAAGCGUUUUAGCUUGGGUGCCCAGGCCUAAAAGAUGGUCGCCCAAAUCAAAAUUUCGGGGAGCCCGAAGGGCUCCCAAACAUUUUAGCUGAGGUGCCCGGGCCUCCUAGUUGGUCGCCCAAAUUAAUAAAUCAGUCAGUUAAUUAUUAAAAAUUAAACAAACUGUUUUCGUAACGAGUCAAAUAGAACUAUGUGCAUUUAUUUAUUGUUUUUAUGUUCAUGAAACAUCGUAUCCUUUGACCUCCUGAAAACCUAUCGGUGAAAUGUUCAAGACAAAUGAGCUUUUUGUGGAUUCGGUCGAUUUUAUUUUUAGUGCGUGAUACGUAAUAACUUGUCACGACACCAAGGACAAUGCGGGACUUAUAAAGUUUAUACCCGUUUCUAAAACAAUCACACAAAAAAACGUAUCUUUUCUUUUUUAUACAUCGUGUUUUACUGGAAAAACAAUCUUAAGUUAUGUUUUUGCCUCGCAGACACGGCAGUAAAAAGCCGGCUAAAAUAUUAAAUUAGCAAAGAAGAGCGACUCCCGUGUUUAUUCAGCGAUUUAUUAAUCGCCGACCGUACUUUACGCCUAUCAGAGCAGAAGUAACAACUUCUUUUGAAAAACUAGCUGAUGAGCCAUCCCAAUUUAAAGGAAAAAUUUUAAUGCUAUUGGAAAAGCCGUUAAAAUCGAAAACUGUGCAGCUAGUCAAGUUCAAAGUCAAGGAUUAUGCUACAUGUGAAUUCACGUGGAACGACCUUUGAACAUCAACGCGCGCCCGAUGGAACAACAUUUUCUUUUAAAAGAACGACUCCCGUGUUCAUUUAGCGAUUUAUUAAUCGUCGACCGUACUUUACGCCUGUCAGAGCAGAAGUAACAAUUGCUUUUCAAAAACUAACUAACGAGCCAUCCUAAUUUAAAAGAAAAAUUAUAAUACUAUUUGGAAGAGCGGUUAAAAUCGAAAACUGUGCAGCUUGUCACGAUCAAAGUCGAUGAUUAUGUUACACGUAAAUUCACGUGGAACGACCAUUGAAUAUCAACGCGCGCCCGAUUGAACAACAUUUCCUUUUUUUUUUUGACUGUAAAUCAAGAAACCAACACCAGCCAGUCGCCCGGCCGGGCGACCAAGAAAAUAUUUUCAGUCGCCCGAGGCCAAAUGUUAGUCGCCUCAGGCGACCGGGCGCCGUUAGAGCACAGCCUUGACAAAUACUCUCAUUUAUUGGACAGUCGGAAAACGAGACAACACUGAGAUAUGUGAUUAGCAGACCCAAUUUCAGGCGGACAAAGUCUUGAUUUUGUAGUCUGUUACUGUGAGAAAAACUCCUAUUUCAAUAGACACCUCUAUUAAUCAGAGAGACACUAACAUCGAGCCCUUCUGUGACCCAAAAUCUGUAUUUGGCAGACACUUUUUAGAGGAAAUUACUAGAUCUAAAUUCAUGUCCAACUUCCUUUGAAUGUUGUACAAAGUGAUAAAUGUUUUUUGUUUUUCAGGAUACUUUAAUUUUUUCACAUGUUUAAGAUAAUUGUUGACAGAAGUAGCUUACUUGCAAAUUUUUACGAUUGGAAGAUGUCCCGUUUCGGAAGUAUACGUGAUUGAAGUUUCGUUUCGAGGAAGAAUUUCGCGACAAAUUAGAGAUACGAUGCUGGAGUAAACGUGCUUGCGGCUCCUAUGGUUUGUCCUUUGGCGACAUUUCUGACACAUCUAUUUAACACGAAACCAUUCGAUGAUGAAAUUCGAAGCCCUCUCGCAAUGGGAAAGAGAGCUUACACAUGACAAAAGAGCAGUUGAAUAAGUAGCCAUUGUACACGUUGGCGCUUGACCGAAAAGUCAAGCUUUCUACCACUGAAUAAUUUACUACAACCUUAUUUCUAUGGACACCUUCCAUCUGGCAGAAACUUGCAAGGUUUCUGUGUGUAUUCUCUUAAAAAGUUGCACUGUUCUUAUGGGUUAAAAAUUAAGCAUUCACUUUACUAGUUAUCAAGACGCUCAAGGAGCCGUGGGCGUUUUCGUUUUUUCACACACAGGAGAUUGUCCUAACUUAGGACAACUUAAGAACAUGACGAAGGGCGAAAAAGGCGAGCCAGGUGCCACAGGCCCCAAAGGUCCAGCAGGAGAUAGAGGAGAAACAGGACCACCAGGAGAAAGUGGCCAGGAUGGACAGCAAGGAGAAAUAGGAAUGAAAGGAGAGAAGGGAGAUGGAACUUCAGGGCCGCCGGGACCUGCUGGUCCUCAAGGUCCCACCGGACCACCAGGUCCCAAAGGUACUGCAUUGUUUCAUUUAUAUAAUGGGUCUUUUCUGUGAAACCUUAACGCCUUCUUUCCCAAUAUUUCGGUAUCAAGUCUCCUCAUUGUUUGCCAUUUAUUUCUGAUGGUUCUAGCAUUGAUAAGUUGAUGCUUGAUCAAGCAAUUUACCCUUCUCGUCACCUUUCUGCUUGACAAUAUGAUGACAUUGUAGGAAUAACUUACUUAUUGUUCUCUCCUUGGAUUGGAAAGUGUAAAUUUGAUCCUCUCCUCAAAUAAGUCUCCUUAGUACUUUUUUAAUAGCCGUUAUACUUGACCAUACCAUUUACUGAAAACCAACCCCAACCCUUAUUUUUUGCUACAUUUUUCUCAAGCUUUUGCCACUUCGUAGUUUUUAACAUAUUACUAUUCUUUUGAUGUCAGUGCUUUAACCCUUCAACUCCCAAGAUCUGAUUGUUAAUUCUCCCUUCUAGCUGCUACACAUUUUCUUGUAAAUAAGUUACAAGAAUUUGGUGUUAGAUGGAAAUAACUACUUUGACCUGAUAAGUUUGAAUAUUCUCAUGACCUGUUUCACUGGAUAAUGUUUGGUUAUUAUAAGGAGAAGUUACAUGUUAAUCACUUCUGGGAGUUAAAGGGUUAAAGGUGUUUGAUUUUUUUUUUUAACUGCAUAUCAGUUGUCCAUACAUCGAAUUUCUCCUUAUACCAUCACCCCUGAAUCACAUAAUGAGGUCACAAAAAAUGAUCACCAUCCAAAGAAGCUGUUGACUGUCAACCCUUUGAUCCCUCAGAGUGACCAGUAUCCAAUCUCUCCAUACUUAUUCACCCCUGAAUCAAACAUUUAGACCACAAGAACAGAAAAAAUGAUCAUCUACCGAAGGAGCUCCUGAUUGUUAAACAAAUUCUCAUCAUCAGCACCUAAGGAAAUGUGUGGUGAACAGUAAGGAGAAAAUGUAUUCUGAUGUUAGGGUGUAAAGGGUUAAACAAAUUCUCCUUUUCAGCUUCUCAGGAAAUGGUGGUGUAGAGAUUAGUGAAGAGAAUGUGUUAUGGUGUGAAAGAUUGACAAAGAAUGCGCGUUUUAAAUUCUUCAUUGUCGUCAUGUUGCAGGUGACACAGGAGCCACAGGUGACAAAGGUGCCCUUGGCGCUGAUGGUCCUCCAGGUAGCGAUGGUGAUAAGGGAGAGAAGGGAAACAUUGGGCCUCUCGGUAACCCUGGGUCACCCGGUAGUCCCGGUAAAAAUGGAGCCCAAGGGGACCCUGGAGAAAAAGGCCAGCGGGGUAGCGAUGGUCUGAAAGGAGAACCUGGUGAAAAGGGGAGUAACGGCCAGGCUGGCAGUCCAGGUUUGUACUGUAACGUGGAUUCAUUUGCGAUAUCACGCGAAUAAUGUUGACCAACUUACCAUCUCUCUUAUUUUAUUUACAAACAUGACUCUAUCAAUGUUGCUGAUCCUAGCAGCAUGCAGAUCGCGUGUCAAAUGAAUUUCGUAAAAAACCUCGCUUACCGUGGCUCAGUGGUCGAGCAUCGGAGCGCGGAAUCUGAAGGCCUCAGGUUCGAUUCCUCAUAGGGACUCAGAAUUUUUUCUUUGUCCCACGCUCGUGGCAAGACGAAAAACAUCUUCUAAUGUUGACCAAUGUUUCAAACUCCAACUGUUUUGUCUGCCAUGGAGACUAGAUAUGAAUUUGGGCGACAAACUAUCAACUUAAGUUGCCCUCACGGUGUACGGUAGUCAUGAAGCAAGUUUUAACGUUUUUAUAAUUGUGGUCUGAAGUUUAAGCGAGAAAGAUGUAUCUAUAAAAUAUUAUUGAUGUCUCUCUAUCCUUGAUUGCCCCAGUAUUAAGUGCUGAGAUGUCGCAUGAACCUCUAAAAUUUGAGAUCCUGCCACGCGGUGGUCAGCGACAUAAGUUUGUCCUGUACUUUUGCCAAAAUUUUGAACGGUAACUGACAGUUUUUGUUUUUUGUUUGGUUUGUUUGGUUUUUUUUUUCAAUCUUUUGCUCUGUUAAUUAUUUGUUGAGACGUGGUAAUGCUCAAGCGGCAAUUUUAACUCAUAACCCAUAUUUUUCAGUUAUUUAAAAGCCAUAUGGCAUGCCUAAAAAUUAUUUACCGGACUUAACUUUUCUCUCUCGAUUUAUGGCCAAAGCUCAAAUCACGUGGCUUUACAUCAAAGGGUAAUACGUGGUUGGUAACGUACAGACCGAACUUAAACUCUGCCAAUAAGAGUUACUUACUUUCAUAGCUUUGUAGAAGUGGAAUUUGUUAUAGUUCUCUGUACAAUGUCAUUCGCAUGCACUUUUCAUAAUCAGGAGCGCCAGGCCAGACAGGACCUCGGGGAUUCCCAGGAGAUAGAGGAGCCAAGGGUGAUGCUGUAGUCGGACCACCUGGUCCUCCAGGGAAAGAAGGGCCUCAAGGUAUGCGAGGAAAGACAGCAAAAUAACACAGGUUCUGGUUUUGUUUUUCAGCUUCAGAGUGUAAGGAGAUCGACUUACAUUUUGAACAUUUGCCCUUUGUCACCAUAAUGCAUACUUCCCGGAAAGGGCUCCGCUAGGAGAGUUUGGUGCACAGCCACGGUUUUUUUCUCACAUUCAGAACUCAAAAUAUUAGUUAUAAAUUGAUUAAGCAGCCAGCGAAGUGUGAGCUUUUUCACUUUUACCUUGACUUCGCCUAAAUCACGUUGACUGCUGUGUCAAGGCUAACUAUUUUGUAAUGUUAAAAGGGGUAAGAUUUUAAAGAAAAUGUGUUGCUGCGUCGGUGGGAGAGUAUAACAGGGUAAUUAGGUAUUAUCAACUGAGUUGAUAACUUAAAUUGGCCACCGUAAAGAGUUUCAAAGCUGACUUUUCGAGCGUUAGCCCUUCGUCACAGCGAACUCUUGAUAAUACUAAAUUACCUAUUUUGUAAUGUUGUUGCAAAUGUUGUAGACGUUGUUGAGCGUUGUUCCUGAGCGGUCUUUGAACUCUCAACUUUUUUUUUUUUCCUGGCAGUCUUACACUCUCCAGGCCCCUAUUUACGUCUCAGCUUGGGUUUGUGUUCUGCAAAGUUCAAUGAUUUCAUUGUUAUUGUAGGUCAGCCCGGACAAAAGGGUGAACCGGGACCACCAGGAAGAGACGGAGACCCAGGAAACGACGGCGAUGUUGGAAACCCUGGAGAGAAAGGAAAAGAAGGAGCUGCCGGUCCAAAAGGUGUCGAGGGGCCCCCAGGAUUGAAAGGAGAGGUUGGUGAGCCCGGAAAUAUCGGAGAGAAGGGACUUCCAGGAAUCCCAGGAGGCCGUGGCGAUCAAGGCGAUGAGGGCAAUGAAGGACCAGAAGGAAUUUCAGGGCCGAAGGGCGUAGAAGGUUUGUGAGCGACAGUUCCCUUUAGCAUAUUACCUCGCUGUACUCCUUUGCAGCCGCUUGUUGUGUAGAGCAUUGUCUGACCUUCCUAAGAACGGCUGCACUGGGCAUUACUUCAAUUCUUGACUUGGCCUCAACAAUUAUGAACAAUGACUUUUGUAAAAUGGCAAGGUGGCCCUGAGGAAAAUUCGAGCGUUCUGAUUGGUCCUUACUUGGUCCAUAUUUUUGCCAUACGGACCGUUCCAAGGAAAUGGUCUUAAGCCGUGUUUUAUCCAAGUGACAUAUAAAGAACUAGUUACUAACCCCGCUCACUCGACCCCUACUGGGGAAUGUUGGCCCUCGUUAGUUUUUGCACGGACCCCGCAGUGUUCGUUCCUAACUGUCACGACUUCGGGCUAACGCUCCCCAGUGCGGCCCUCGCGCUCGGUUCGUAAGAAGUUAUCAUUCGGGUGGUAUUUGCAAUUUUUCCAUUUGGGCUGACUGUGGCGUUAGAUAUAAUGCGAUGUUCGGCUGCGCAAUGGGUAUGCAACCAUAUCAUCACCUGCGCAUUGAUUAAAGUUCAGUGGUAAUCCAUAAGCAGGUAAACUAACAUGUGAAGUUUUAUAUUUGUUGCUCUGCAGGUCCAAAGGGUGAUGAGGGUCCACCAGGCAGACAAGGCUUCCCAGGCUUAAAGGGAGACUUGGGUAUGAAAGGAGAACAAGGCCCACCGGGAAAAUCAAAUGCAACAGUAAUACCUGGAGAUAAAGGCGACAAGGGAGAUCGCGGCCCUCCUGGGCCACCAGGAAGAAAUGGUAACUGUCGUACAUCAACGUUCCUCUUAAUGCUAAGGAAUUUUUUUCUCAUUAAAAAAAAUGUGCGGCUUCUUGCUCUUUCUAAUGUGUUAAGUCGACAUGUAAAUGUUAAGUCACUUUAUAACAGAAAUUCUUAAAACUGUGUGGGCUAUGUGCAAGAAAUGGCCGGUACUUUGCAAACUUUGCGAGGAGAAAUAUUUGGCUUUGGACCUCACAUUUCAACGGAAAUUAUGCCUCAGGCAUAAGCAGUGAGUGUUACAAAAACAUCAUUUCAGAAAGCAAAAAGAGCCCUGGGACAACCGAAAGAAAGAAAGAAAUUAUUUGUUAUAUUGCUUUGGUUAGGGUGUCCAAAGAGCCAACUGAUGGUUAACUAUGAAAGGCAUCUUGUAAAAAGAAAAAAGCGACUUGUUUUUGAUAAGGGUCCCUUCUUCUCAGUGCUGAUGAUAAGUUCAUUUUUCUGUCCCAAAGGUGAAGAUGGUAUUGAUGGAGUAGCGGGAGAUAUUGGUCCCCGUGGUGACCCAGGGCCUGAUGGUGCACCCGGUGAACCUGGACAAGCUGGUACGCCCGGUGUACCGGGAACAUCAGGUGACAAAGGGGAACCAGGACUCAGAGGACCUGCAGGGAAAGAGGGCCCUAAAGGCCAGAGAGGACCCGCGGGCCCACCUGGAGAACAAGGGCCACGGGGAGCCGUCGGAGACAGAGGCGCACAAGGUGAGAAACAACGCAAAGUACCAUUCAUUGUGUUUAUCAACGCCAGAUUGGCCGGAAUAGUUAACUUAUCCGUAGUAGAUUUGUACCAUUAGAUUUAAUUAUUCGCUCUUGAUGUCACAGCGAGAUAGCCAGUACGGUCUUCGCUCUUGUCAAGAAGAAAUCUAGGGUUUAUAAUCUUAUUGCUAAAUGGUUCCCUCACUUCUUGAAGGGAGCGAUUUAACAAUUAUUUUCCACAGGGGGGGGAGGGGGGGUAAAAGGUAUUUACCGAAAAGCGAAGCGAUGAGAUACCUAUCAUCCGGUUACCUCUAUUUUACAGAAUAAUUGUUCCAGUACAUACCAAACUAGCUAAUAGCAGAAUUUCUUUUAACAGAGGUUACACUCAAACCACAUCUUGUUCUGCUUGCAGAUGAAUAAUCGUUGCCAUUCAUCUCCGAGCUAUAUUGCAGCUAGUAGGCAUUCGAAAAAGUACUAUUAACUGGUCUGAUUUAUACCAAGUUGAUGGUGUUAACAUUCGCGAUAUCCAGGAUCGAUUAUAACUUUUAUUUUGAUCGAAAAUUGAAUGCGAGCAUGCAUAAGACCAGAAGAAAGUGGUGAUAUGAAUGAAAACAAACAAAAGGGAAGGGAAAUUAUUCUCACAUAUUGCUAAAGCCCGACUCGGAGAAUUUUAAAGAGAGUGUUGAAGGGUACACUGGCAAAGUAUAACUCAUUUCAUGUCGGUCUCUUGACAUAAGCACUGAUCUUUCGGUUGGAACUCUAUAUUCUGCUUAGUACGAAAUGGUAACUUGGUUAGCUGGAAGUGUUCUCGAAGUUAGCUAUCUGUGAGUGGGUUUUUUUUUUCUCAAGGGAAGUUAAUUAACUGUUAAUGGGUCUUUGGAAAUGCAAGGUCCAAGAGAAAAAAAACAUAAUAGUUUACAAAGCCUGGUUUUGACUCUCUGUACGGAUAUCAUUUUGUUGCAGGAAGUAAGGGUGAUGUUGGCCCACCUGGAAUUGGUAUCCCUGGGUCCCCAGGGGACCCUGGUUCAGUUGGCGAUCCAGGAGCUCGUGGAGAUGAUGGACAGCCGGGGCCGAGUGGAAAGGAUGGAGUACAAGGACCUCCAGGGCCUCCUGGCUCCCCGGGAGAUAAAGGUACGCAGGCAUGAAUGAAAGGGUUAACCCUUUAACUCCUAUAAGUGAUAAAGACAGAAUUUCUCCUUACGAUGUCAAUAAAAUAUCAAGCAGAAAAGUGAUGAGAAUAAAGAAAAAUAUCAGUUAGAGGAUUCUUAAUUGAUCCAAUACCAAAUUCUCAAAACUAACAUCACAAGAACAGUAUGGUAGACAGUAAGGAGAAUUACUAAUGAGAUCUUGAGAGUUAAAGGAUUAAGGCCCAAUUCUGACGUCGUGCUUCUGCCGUGCAAUUAGGUUGGACUAUAGCACGGCAAAAGCACGAUUCUGAUUCAAACGUCGGCCUAAUACCGUGCGAAAUUCAGCAUUUACUGAAGCAACCACACCGCAUGCCCCUUGAAGGGGAAUUAUUCUCGUGACUCCCCCGCGGUAACGCAAUUCCGCCGACAUACAUUUGUAUAAUUUAUUAAUUUUGUUUGGCAUGGUAGUGGUAUGAUGUCUGAAUCACUGUCGUGCCAGAGUCAUGUAGCACGGCUCAGUCUGUCGAACUUAGUUGCUUUGCCGAACUUAAUUAAAAAAUUUGAUUCAGAUGCCGUUUUCUUUUCAGCCGUGCUUUAAAUUCGGCACGGCGUCUGAACUGGGCCUAAGACAUCUACUUCCAAAUGGUCAGUUUGUCUUUUCUUAUACCUGUUUACUUGAGAUGUAUCGACAUUUUUAGUAGAAUUUCCAUGUUAACAGGAUGUGAAUGAUUAAGUUGAUUUGCUGAACAGUAAAGGAAAAAUGGAAAUAAGGAACGUCACCAAUCAAAUGAUGUUGUUGAAAGCAAAGGGGAUAGAUUCGAUCAACUCGCAAAGAUCACCGAAGUGUCUACGGAGACUUCUCAUAUUCAGAUGAAAUACUGAUAGGUGUUGCUCUCAAAAAAGCAAUUACUGAUAGGUGUUGCUUUCAAAAAGAAAGCUCAUAGUCAGUUCCUCGACAACGAAGCUUUAAGUAAUAUGUUUAUAAGGAGGUUUAUUGCUUUCGCGAUAAACUCAGUAAAGCAUCUGCUAAUAAUGCUUUGAAACUCUCUCGACUUCACCCAUAGCAUCUGGCCCCACGGCACACGCUUUCGAAUUGUAUCCCACAUCUCACUUUUGUUUUGGUGUAAAUGAUUUUAAUGCCACACAAUGUCACCUACGACUAAUAUAGGGCGAGAAAGAAAGAAAUGUCGAGUCAUCAAGUGGGAGAAUUUGCCCACAACUACGUCUUGGCACGGAAAGGAUUUAAGGGAUUUUUUUUCUGUUAUACCGUCAGGUGAUGCAGGGCCUAAAGGCGACCAAGGAAAUACAGGAGAAACGACAGUCGUUCAGGGCCCCAAAGGGGAGAGAGGUCAAGCUGGCAGAAAUGGUGUGGAUGGCGCUGAUGGAACCAACGGUGAACCCGGAUCCCCUGGACAGCCUGGAAACCCUGGACCGCCAGGGAACGUAGGUGAGUCUUUAGACCUAAUAUUGAAUGGUGAGCGAGAUUUAAGUGUAGCGUAAAGCGAAACAAUUUCCGCGGUAAAAAUGGGCAAUAACAAGUAACUACUGAGACUUCUAAGUCAGAGCCACCCAUGUUGUAGCAAAAAAGACGCACGACGUCUGUAAAUCCCAUCCUAAAAAUGUCUAUUUUUCCUGGUGUGUGAGAGUUUUUUUUUUUUUCCUUUACAAUCUAUAAGUUACCCUUUCUAGGCUCAAACUUGAGUAAUAAUUGAAUAAUUGAAUGAAGCAUAACACUACUAUCAUUUUACAUUCAGGUCUGCCAGGUGACCCAGGUCCGAUAGGUCCUGCUGGUCCCCCUGGUGAGGAUGGUUUGGCGGGAGACCAAGGCCCUAAAGGAGAAAAGGGACAAGAGGGGUCAGCCGGGCAGCCAGGAGUCAAGGGUGAUACAGGUAUUAAAGGUAAUGCAGGCCAACCAGGUCAGCAGGGAGACCAGGGGCCACCAGGAGAGGCAGGAGCGGAUGGCCAGCCUGGGUUGAAAGGAGAACCAGGACCGCCAGGUACAAAUACAACUUACUAUCAUCUACGGCAGUGGGCCCCGUCAUUUUUGUUUUUAUUUUAAUUUUUUUUUUCAUACAUCCUUGCUGAAACCUGUCGACAACAUGUGGCUCAUUUUGUGCGGCAUUAGAUUAAACUCGCACUCUUAGUUUUAGCUUCUUUCAAGGAUAUAAAAAGACAUAAUUUCAGAGGACCUUACCUCAUCUCCUUAGUUCUUUAUAGAGGUACUUCAAGUCCCUUGGUCCGACUCACGUAAAGGUACCCCUUCCAGAUAACUUACCUUGGGAAUUCCUUUGUGGAAGUAAUUUGAGUUGCUCAGAAAGUGAAACUCUCAAGGAAACAAUUUAACUACGUUUAAUGACUGAAUUCAUUAAAAAUAGCUCUAUAUUUGCUACCGGAGAAAAGUUUUAAAGAACUUCACUAAAUAGUUUUUUGUCAGCUUUAGGUACUUGAUUUUUUCAUUUGCCGCCGGCUGGCCCCAACUGUUUGUUUCUCUAACGGAUCGUACUUUAUUCCAUCGAAGGACCAAACGGUAGCCCUGGAGAAAAUGGAGCAACUGGGGCAAAUGGAGACCCUGGUCAACCUGGUCCCCCUGGGGAUGAUGGUGCCAAAGGAAGCACAGGACCUGUGGGACCGCCAGGACCACCCGGACCCAAAGGAGAUGGAGGAAUGGAGGGUUUUCCAGGAGAUCAGGGGGAGCAAGGAAACCCUGGGGAAAAUGGUAUUACUGGUCUACCCGGAGAGAAGGGAAAUGAUGGAUUUCCCGGAGUUAUUGGCGAGAAAGGAGAUCCUGGGGCUUCUGGUCCCCCAGGCCCACGGGGUGAUCCUGGAAGAGGAGAAGGUAAGAUGUCUUUUUCAAUAUUUUAUGAAUAUAUUUUUUUCCGCCAGCUUAAGUCACGAGAAGUAACGGGUGACUCCGCAUGAUCAAAAGUAAGAAGUCAUCAAAAUAUUUGAUUGUUGACAUAACUACGUCGUCAUUACCAUACGUUAUCUGAUUAACACGAUUUAACCGUAAAUAAACCAUUUCCAGCGAUAAAAUUAACCCUUUACACUUUAACAUCAGUUUGCAUUUUCCCUUAACUGUUCUCUAUACAUUUAUUGAGGUUAAUUGAGGAGAAUUUGUUUAACGAUCAAGGGCUCCUUUGGCUGGUGAUCAUUUUCUUUAUUCUCGUGACCCUAAUGUGUGAUUCAGGGUUGAUAUCACAAGGAGAAAUUAGAUGCUGGUCACCCUUAGGGGUUAAAGGGUUAAUGUAUAAUUUCUUUCUUUUCCAAAUGGGCGGGCCCCGAACAGGAUGGGAGAAGGGAGGGGUGGUGUAAUCUCUUCCCUCCUCCCUCCCCCCUCCCCCCUCCCCCCCCAAAGGAACUGAACCUUUCAAUCCCAUUUUCUUCCACGCGUUCCCCGUUUUGUUGACUUUUGUUCUUUGCAUUUUUUAUUCAUGUUUACGAGGAAUGAAUUAAGAUAUUAUUGUCUUGUCACUAUUUCUAACGUUUCUUAUCAUCUUGAGAAUUAUAUGACUUACAUCUCCUCUUUUCUCGCCUUCCAAACACUUUCUCUGAAAUCGCGAGAUGUUGGCCACACGUACGAAAAAUUGUGUUCAUUCCGGCACAAAAAUAAUACGGAUAUUUGUUUUUACUCAGUCAAUAGUCAGUGCGGAAGUCUGACAUGACGGAGAUUCGUUUGAUCUGCAAUUUUAGAAAAAAAAGCCCACAAGAUUCAUAAUUUCUGAAUUCUCGGAAGCAAAUUGGCCCUCGCUUCUAAUCAUUGUAGUACAUAUUUAUGUAGUCUUCAUUGUAUGUAGCGAGGAUGCCUGAUGGAAUAGAAAGAGAGGUUUUAAAUACGCUUGAGAGAAUUUAUGCCUUUUCUCCUCUUCUGGUGAUUCAGACUUUUACCAAGCAUUUUCUACGUAUAAACAGCUCCCUUUUUGGUAACUAGCUAAUCAUGAAACCACUUAUAACUGUGUUGUUUGCUUCUAGGAAGUCCCGGCGAAAAAGGUGAUCCUGGCUUGGAUGGAAUUAAUGGACAGGAUGGUGAACCAGGUCCCUCAGGGCCCUCAGGGCCUCCUGGGCCUCAGGGUCCGAAAGGUGAUGACGGAGCCCCUGGAGUCAAUGGAUUAGAUGGACCCAUAGGUAUGUGUCCUUUGAUACGAAAAGGAGCUCUAUUUCUCAAUUAAUGUGGGUUACCCCUUAUACAAUGUCCUAAUAUAGAAGAAUGCUGCUGCGUUCCUUUCUUGGAAAAUUGCCUCUUUCUUUUUGGUCGUCCGAGUAGUAAGGCAACGAAAAACUGGAUAACGAUAACGUGAACAUAAAAAGGUGAAAGAUUGACGAUUACUGCUGAUUUAUUGACAAAACGAGCUAAUAAGUUUGUCUUUUCUCAUAAUCUGUCUACAAGAUCACAUAUUGGAAUCGCAAGGAGAACUUGCCUGUGAAUCACUUCUCGGGGUUCACGGGCGAAGUCACUUGCCAGCACCAGAAUGAAAUCUAUAGAGUGGUCUUUUUUACCAAUUUCAUGGCAAAGGAUUCCGUUUAAAGGCUUUUGAAACAUGUGUUAAGGAAACCACGUCAGUCUCUUUGAUACACUGCCCAAACAGCAAAUUCUAAACUGUUCUGACCUUUGAAUGAGUGCAACUCCUUAACUCUUUAACUCCCAUGAGUGACCAAGACAGAAUUUCUCGUUACAAUAUCAAUACACUGUCAACCAGUUAAGUGAUGAGAAUAAAGAAAAAUAUCAAUUUGGGGAAGAUUAGUUGAUCCAAUACUAAAUUCUCUGAACUAGCGUUAUAAGAAUUGUACGUUUGACAGUAAGGAGAAUUACAAAUUUGAUCUGGGAGUUAAAAGGUUAACCGGAAAUGUUUCAAGCGGUGGGUAAUUUGGGCUUAUUGGCAGGCAUGCUGGUAAUAGGUUGCAAGUGCAUGGACUUGAAGUCAAGUAACCCUUGAACACCCAAAACUGAUUAACAGGCAACGUCUCCCCAUGAUAUCCAUACAUUACCCAGCAAACAGGUAAUGAGAAUACACAAACUUAUCAGGUAGAAGUUGAUGUCUUGAUUUAACGCCAAGUUCUUGUUACUAAUUUACAAGAUAAUUCAUAGCAACUAGAAGGGAGAAUUAAUAAUCGGAUCCCACUGGAGCGUCUUAAUUUUGAUUCAAAAGUUACUGCAUACGACACCCGUUCAGCCAUUGAAUUCAAGAUAUUACAUCCUCUGCCAAUAAAUCAGCAUUCAGUAGUUCAAAAAGAGAAAUAAAAUAAAAGAAAUAAAAACUUUCAACCGAGUACCACUUGUCAUCUACAUUCCUCUGUAGGUGACAAGGGAGAUCGAGGCAUAGCUGGACAACCCGGUCUGCCGGGAGAUCCUGGUCUGCCAGGUCCUCCAGGAGAAAGCGGACUUCCUGGACCUCCGGGUGAAGCAGAUUUCGGAUUUUAUGUGGUGCGGCAUAGUCAAACUGCAGAGCUUCCUGAUUGCCCAGCCGAUACGGUAUCGCUAUGGGAAGGCUACAGUUUGCUUUACGUGCAGGGCAAUGAACGUGCUCACGGCCAAGAUCUUGGUCAGCCCGGUUCUUGUCUUCCAAAAUUCAGCACCAUGCCUUUCCUGUUCUGUAACCUGAACGAAAACUGUAACCUGGCCUCGAGAAAUGACUACACCUUCUGGCUGUCGACACCCGAACCUAUUCCCAUGAUGCCUGUGCAAGACCAAGAUGUGAAGCCGUUUAUCAGUCGCUGCCGUGUCUGUGAGGCGCCAGCUAUGGUCAUGGCUCUUCACAGCCAGAGCAUGGUUGAGCCAGAUUGUCCUGAGGAAUGGCAGCCACUCUGGAGAGGCUACAGCUUCUUGAUGGUAAGUGUUUUAACCCCUUGCGCCACGACAUUAACCUCUAAGAGUGACUAGCAUCUAAUUUCUCCUUACUAUGUCAGCCCAGAACCACGCAUGAAAGUCAUGAGAAUAGAGGAGAUGAUCACCAACUAAAAGCAGCUCUUGAUUGUUAAACAAAUUCUCCUGGUCAGCCCCUUCGGAAAUGUAUGGUGAACAGUAUGGAGUAUAUACAUACUGAUGUUAGGGUGUAAAGGGUUAAGCCAUGGUUUGUUAUAAUCUCCACCCUUCCCUCCCUCCCUCAAUCUCGAUAGUAAUCUAAUUGUGUCAUUCCCGACAGCACACAAGCGCCGGAAACGACGGUGCUGGCCAGCUUCUUUCAUCCCCAGGCUCCUGUCUGGAGGACUUCCGUACCAGUCCUUUCAUCGAGUGCCACGGUCGCGGGACAUGUCAUUACUACGGCAGCACGUACAGUUUCUGGUUAACAACCGUCACGGACGAGGAGCAGUUCCGAACACCGACAUCAAAGACGAUUAAAUCAGGAAACCAACGAGAACACGUCAGUCGCUGCACUGUUUGUAUGAAAAAGGUUUACAACAACAAUAAUGGAAACGGAAAUGGAGGAGGAGGUGGGGUCGUGGAUCCCCUCGUCGACCCUAGAGACUUGCCAAACUAACUCAGUAUGAGCAGUAUUAGUAUAGUAAUGUCGAAAGUUUUCUUUUUUUUUAUUAUUUACGUUAAGCAAUGUAAUCUCGUUCUUUACGUUGCUUUUGGAUUACGCCGUUAUUUGAAAUUCUAUGAAGGGAGGAAUGCGAUUCACCUCCAAGGUCAGUAGACCUGUUAUUGGAUUAUUGUUUUUCAAGUCUAAAAUUAAAUUUACCAAUAUUAGUGAUAAUGCCAUCUCACCUUUUUCCACAAAGGUUGAGUGAGUUUAACUGUUUCUGCGUUAUAUUUGGUCAACGUUACUCUUCAAAAUCCGUAGACGAUCACUUACAGGAUUAAAAGGCACAUGACCUCCGUGUUUAUCAGACCUGUUACUCGUAGCUUUUUUUCUUCAUUUUGUGACAUUCAGGUCUUGAUUGUUAAUGAUAUUCAUCCUUGAUGAAUCUCGCGAUCAAAUUGGUUUUACUAAACAUCAAUUUUGAUGAACGCGAUGCACCUUCCUUUUGAUUUUUUUAUAUUUUUUUCAGAUAAUACCCAAGUUUUAAAGCAUGUCCUCUCGCGCAGUUUCAAAAAAGUGGUUUCCCUCCGAUAACAUCAAAUCCUUUAAACUUACUUUUUUUGAAAAUUUGCGUUAGCAAGAGGUUUGCUUUCUAACCGAAUUGAGGGGGAGCCUUUCCGCUCCGCUUUCUAAAACUGCUUGUUAACAUGUCAAAAACAAAUUGCUGGUCUGUAAUAACAUAAAAAUCAAUUGCUAUGGAAGAAGAGAGAGAAAAAGAACGCGCUCUCCCCAUCAUUCUCUUGAUGGUUUUUUUUUAUUUCGGUACCGUAGGCUAUAGGCUAGCGAAGAACGACAACGGAAUGUUCUAAAAAAUAAUUGAGACUAGUGAAGUCUCGCGUGACAAUUUUCUUAGGUCCACCCCGGUGGACCUCGAUGGUCUGUCGUAUGUCGGAAAUUUCUUUAAACUUUGCACUGCCCUCAAAAAAAUUAAUGGUAACAGUGAUAAAGUCAGUUGAAUACCGCUAAAAAAGAACUAUUCAUCCGUCGAUAAAACGUAACAUUCUCAAGAUGGACUCGAAUCAAGUUUGCGACGACCUUGAUUUGCGAAUUCGCAUCCAUGGAAAAAUGGUAAAUUAGAGAAAGGGUCGAUUUUCCGCCCUUGGAUCACUCUCAUAAAUUCAAUUUACUUAGUUUUGUUUAGUUUUCCAUAAUGGAAUUCUAUUAAUCUUUUUAUGCUUUCUGCAAGAGACUGUUUCAUGAGGAUUAUUAGUCAGUAGCUCGUUUAGUAUAACUUUCUGGUAGACGGCUAACAAUGUUACUUCAUCUAAGAGCCUCAUAUAAUUAUAGAGCAUGUUUUUAAAUAUAAUCUCCUCAUAGUUUACUUGGAUGGCCAACCACAGAAAUUAUAUGAAUAGUGCUAGAUACGUUUGUAGUGCGAUACACGAAGCUAACGUUUCUGUUAAGAAAUAGUCUCUUGUGUUUUCUCUUUUUAUAAAUACUCUUAUAUUUUAAUGGGUGGUUGGGUAUGAACUUUU